AUGGACGAAACAUCGGACUCGGCCCCCGCCAAAAGUGGGACUAACACACCCACUGCAAGUGCCACUGCGUCCGGAGUUGGGUCCGGACCUGGAGCACAGCUCGGAGCUGGGUCCGGGACCGACCACAAGACGCGAAGGCCGCACCGAAAGUCUCGCUAUGGCUGCACACGGUGCAAGGAGCGCAGGAUCAAGAUCCUAACCAUCCAUGGCUGGCAGUGCGACGAGCUCUCGCCACGGUGUUCGCGAUGCAUCAAGAUGAACCUGACUUGCCAAUACCCGAAAAAGCAACCCAGCUUCCUCACCCCGGACGACUACUGCUGGACCGAGCCGAUAGAUCCCCUCCUCCUCCAAUACCAGGUCUUCCCGAGAGCGACAACAAGCUCGAGGGCAUCAACAACAACCGCCCCGAUACCAAAACGGACCGCCGAUGCUGGAGCUGGAGCUUCGGCCGCCAGCCCCGAAGGUUCCAGUCACUCGUCCACCGUCCCCCUCAGCCCAUCGUCGGUGCUGUCCAUCCCUCCUCCGGCCCAGUCCCCCGUCCCGCCGCCGUCUAGAUAUGGCCGAAGACCCGAGUCACCCCUGCGGUCGCAGGUCGCCCAGACCCUCACCCCGGUCGAGUUUGAGCUGCUCAAGCACUACCUCGAGCAUACGAGCAGGGACUUGACCGUCGACGAAGACGAUCAGUACACGCUGCAGAUCGGCAUCCCGAACCUGGCCUGCGAGAGCAAGCCGCUGAUGAGGUCGGUGCUGGCCCUGGCCGCCAUAUGCAAAUGCCAUGACACCACCAACCAGCCAUCUGUGUCGCGCCAGGACCGCGCCCAGAUCCUCGAGCUCCUGUUCUUCGCACACCGAUACCACAUGGAAUCGAUGCACGAAAUUCAAACAGACCUCCGCGAGGCCAAGCACUACGACCACGUCCUUGCCAACGCGGCCAUGAUGGGCAUGUACGGAUCCGCCAGUCACGUCGUCCGCAUCUGGCUCGCCAAGACGGCAACCAUCGACGACCCGCCAGUCAUGUCCGACUUCAUGCCCAAAUACCCCCAAUGGAUCAGCCUCUACCGAGCCGUCGAUUUGGCCUACUUUGGCCUCCUCAACAACACGUCUGGCUCCGAGGACGCCGCCCAGUACAGCCCCGCCCACUCGCCCGUCGACCCCAUGACCUGCGGCGGCUUCCAGCUGCAGUACGAAUACCGCGUGUCGACGCGCGUCGAGCAGAUCACAAUCCCCACGAACCACGUCAUGGGCCCCAUCUUGGCCGCCACGGUCAGCUCAGCGCUGGCAAAGCUCACCGAAAAAGCCAGGGAUGUGGCCAUGGCCGAGAUGAGCUGCGACGAGGUGCUGGCCGACCACGACGACCCGAGGAGGACGCGGACGGCGCAGAUGAGCCCCCAGCUCCAGGCGUGCUUCGUCGCGCUGGGCCUGUUCAGCAACGCCGUCACCGACGCCUUUGCCGUCGGCGACUCGCGGCCGAGCACGCCGGGCCACGGCCAGCUCUCCUUCGAGGUCGACAUCGACCCCGUCGGCCGCCUGUCCGAGGUGCAGCCGUGGCUGCGGCGGUACACGGCCAGCAUCAUCUCCAUGAUCCCGUCGCGGCUGCCGAGGCGCACGAUCGUCGCCUUCAUCCACAAGGUCCCCACGCGCUACAUGAACCUGGUCGCCGACAUGCUCAACCUCAUCAUCCAGACCGAGGCGCCCCCGGGUAACGGGCCCAGCGACACGCCGCCCUGGAGCUCGCCCUCCCCGUCCACCAUGCCCGAGCCCAGCAUCGCCCACCAGCUGGCCAUCGACAUCUUUGCCCACUGGCUCGUCCUCGUCAUCCUGCUCGACAACGUCUGGUGGAUCGGCUGCGUCGGCGCCUGGGAGCUCGGCCGCAUCGUCUCCUUCCGCAGGCGCGCCCCCUGGCCCAACAGCCUGUGGAACAAGGAGCACGACUGGUGGCCCGAGAGUAUGUUUGAGGUCAGCCGCCAGCUCGAGAAGCACAGGCGGAGCGAGAGCUGCUGA